UCAAUUUGUUUGCUCAGAGGCGCAGAUCGUGAGUGGCGGAAAGUAAUUGGCACAGAUUAGCACAGCCGACCGGUUGUCCAGAUUGUCCAGACAUAUAGUUUACCAAAUCAAUAAUGCCCCUCAAUAUCAAGAAAGUGUUGGUCUGCGAUGCAGUGGACAAAUCCUGCGUGGAGCUGCUGGAGCAGCACGGGAUUAAUGUUACCUACAAGCUGAAACUCCCCGUGGAGGAGCUGUGUCAGGAAGUUAAGAACUUCGACGCCGCCAUCGUUCGCUCGGAUACGAAAAUAACCGCGGAAGUUCUGGCCGCCGGAUCCGGCAGUCUGAAGGUUGUUGGCCGCGCGGGGGCGGGCGUUGAUAACAUCGAUGUCCCUGCAGCCACGGCGCAUAAUGUCGUUGUCCUAAACACUCCGGGUGGCAAUUCUAUUUCAGCCUGCGAGCUGACGUGCAUCCUAAUUGGCUCCCUGGCCCGUCCCGUCGUCCCCGCCGGUCAGAGCAUGAAGGAGGGUCGCUGGGACAGGAAGCUAUAUGCCGGCACGGAGCUCUAUGGAAAAACCCUGGCCGUCCUGGGACUGGGACGCAUUGGUCGCGAGGUCGCCAUUCGCAUGAAGACCUGGGGCAUGCGGAUUAUCGGUUACGAUCCCAUCACCACGGAGGCGGAGGCCAAGGCGGCAGGCAUUGAAAAGAUGACGCUGGAGGAGAUUUGGCCACUGGCAGAUUACAUAACCGUGCACACGCCGCUGAUCCCAGCCACCAGAAAUCUCAUAUCGACGGAGACCCUGGCCAAGUGCAAGCAGGGUGUCAAGGUGGUAAACGUGGCCCGCGGCGGCAUCGUCGAUGAGCAGGCCGUGCUCGAUGGCCUUGAGAGUGGAAAAGUGGCCGGCGCUGCCUUCGACGUUUAUCCCGAGGAGCCGCCCAAGUCUGCGGUCACCAAGGCCCUCAUCGCCCAUCCUAAGGUGGUGGCCACGCCCCAUCUGGGGGCCAGCACCUCGGAGGCGCAGGUUCGCGUUGCGGUGGAAGUUGCGGAGCAGUUUAUCGCCCUCAAUGGAACCUCUCCGAAAUACACCACUUAUGCGGGCGUUAUCAACAAAGAUGCCCUUGCCCAUUACCAGUAAAAAAAUCACUUUCUAAACUCUUCGGUCGGCCCUUAUGAAAAAGUUUACAACAUAUGUUUUGUAAAAUAAACACAAUGAAAAAAGUAAUAAAGUA